AUGAUAAAUCGACUCCAUCCGAAAAACGGAGCAGUGUACAUGCACUUGCCUGACUCUAAACCUAGAAUUCCUGUGGUUGAGCCGAAGGAGUCGGACCUGAUGUCCAAGGGCCCGGAAAAAGAGGAGACUGAGUCACAAACAUUGACUUUGGAUGAUCUGAUAUCUUUUGAUUUGAAUCAAUUACUUGGCUCUGAGAGAGAUGCAAUCAUCGCAAAAUUACCUCGUCGCGUCUUGUUCAGAGCCGAGAAGUCUAACAACAAAUUGCGGAACCCAAUCUCGGGAAGCAGAGUGCUCAUGACCUUGAAUAGAAUGGUUACACAAGGUUUGAAACAAAAUGAGGAUCCAGACCAGGUGAAUGCAUUUUUCGCGGACUCUCGCUUGAAGUUAGACAUUUUGGAUCAAGAAGAAAAUCAUAUAGAUUACAUUCACGAGGAUGGCGUCUACUCUGCACAGCUAACCGACUUGCGCGACGGCGAAAAACUUGUGCACAGGUUCACGAUUGGUGUGAAUGUUAACUAA